ACUCUGUGACGUUACGUUACACACUAAACUUCCUAAACCCUAAACUUCCUAUAUUUUUUUUCAAACUUGAGAAUUUUGUUGCCAAACUACAAUUUUGGUUUCAAAAAGCUAGAUACCCUAAAACUAUAUCAUCUUAGACAUACUUGUAAAUAAUAAUUAAUACAACGACACCCUGUUUAUGGACGUACUACUAUGGAUUUUUUUUAUAGGUGUUGACGUCACAGUCAAUCAAGAUGAGAUCUCCGAUCAUGAAACCUUUCAGUUGGAGUUUGACAGAGCUACAAAACAUUGGUACAUCAGAACCAUGCAAGACAAGUACUGGACCCUGGAAAGUAGCGGUGGGAUCCAAGCUAACGCACACAAGGGGUCUUCCAACAGCUUGUUUGAUAUGGUGUGGCAAGGAGACGGCAGUGUUGCCUUCGUGGCCAACAAUGGCAAAUACGUUGCAGCCAAGAAGAGUGGCCACCUGUACGCCAACAGUGACAAGGUAGAAGACAUGGAGAAGUUCUAUUUCUUUCUGAUCAACAGACGUAGUUUGGUUCUGAAAUGUGAACAAGGUUUCGUCGGCUACAAGUCCUCGACAUCUUCCAAGUUGGAAUCAAAUAAAGCUUGUUACGAAACUAAUAUGGUGGAGAGAAAAGACAAGGGAAUCUGUUAUUUCAAAGGUUCCUCCAAUGACAAGUACUGGAGAGUGGCGGAAGAUGGCUCUAUUGAUGUGGACGCCGAUACUGCUGACGGGUUUUACAUCGAGCUGAGAGAACCGUCCAAACUUUGUCUGAAAACUACCCAUGGAAACUACUUAGUCGCUGAUAAAAACGGCGCCUUCAGGGUCAACGGAUCCGAUCCAAGUUGCGCCACCUUGUGGGAGUAUUAAUACUGUACUGAGAGUCGUAUUCUUCUUGAUGGUGGUGUUUUACUGCCUUUCUUUGCUCACUGCUCUACUUAAGUUACGCUUUAUGAUAUGAGUGGAAGUCUUCCUGGACUUUGUUUAUUGAUUAAGUUUCUAACCCUAAAGCUCUCUACUUUACACAGUCCAACCAAUAACAAUUAAUUUGAUUUACAGAAGAAAAAACCAAAACUUUUCUGUCGUUUUGUUGUUCAGUUGCCGUACAUACUAAAUACUGCAAGGGUAGACGUGUUUAAUUUUUUCAUGAAUUUAAAGCUUUGAUUCUCUGCCGUUAGAAAUGGAACAUUCGUUGAAAUAGAAAGAAUUAUUAGGUUUGUAAAACGAGAAUUUGAAUUAUACGUAUUUAACAAAUAUGAAUAAAUCUUAUUUUCUUUUCUUCAAGCUUAAAUGAAAAGUCACCAAUGGAGAAAUUAAGAAGUUUAGAUUUCUGUAUGGUUAAGUAAAAUAUUCCCUGUCGGAUAUUAGCGUAAUAGUUGGAAAAGUGAAGCACCAGUUGACUAGUUGUUGUAAUACAAUUAAACGUAUUUUUGUCUUAUAGUAGACCUCUACAUAUAGUUUGUUUGAAAUAGUUAAAAUCAAAACUAUAAAUUCUGAUUUAUUAGAUGCUAUUAAACCAAACUGUUUUUAUUAAUAAGUUGAAGCCUAAUGAACACACUUUCGGUCAAUUUGUUCUAAAUAAUAUAACUGUAUAAACGUAAAUAAAUCUCUUGGAAUGAUGCUUUUACUUAAAUCUUAAAAAUAUGGAGAAUAUCUGGAAAUCGUGUGAUAUGUGACUUAGUUUCUCCCAGUAGAAAGGAACCAUUUCUACGUUCAAGGUUCUUGCUUGAAAACCUAUUAUCUAGCACGUUAUAACAACCAUUUAUAGAAUAAUUACAUAUCUUGCCAUUUUGUGUCAAUCAAGAGGAAACUCGGUUUCUCUAUAUACGUGUGUGCAUAAACCAAAGUUUUAAACCUGAAGUAACUGUUCUGACCUCGUAUUAGUCUUGACUGUUACUCCUAAUGUACUUAUCAGUGUGUUUCAAAAAGUCAAAGUCUGGGUUGAGAUGGAGAAUUUAUCGCCUCUGAAAAGAACUACUUUUUUUUUUUUGAGGUAAUUUUAUUUAAUUACAUAGAAAUAUAAUGUACGUGGUUGUUCCUAACGCACGUAUUUUACAGUUAGCUGUGAAUUUAAAAUAUAAUCUCCACGUUACUGUGUUAUUUAUAAGUUGGGUAAUAUUUUUGGUUAUAUAAUGUUUUUAAAGCUAGUAAUUAAGACUUUUUUUUUUGCAUUAACUGUUAUAUACUGACAUAUCCAGGUGUACUUUUCUAAAAAUAAAUAUUUUUUACUCUUUUUUUUGUUUAACUUAACCUCAGUUAUAUAAUUGUUUUUAUAGUAAACACGUGAAUAAGCGGUUAUUGAAUAAACAAAUAUACAUAUUUUGUGACGUCAUUUUGCAUUUUCAAAAUUAAGACUUUCAAGAAGAAUGUAUUAUCGUCGACCAAACGAUUGAUGUAAUAAAUGUUAUAUAACGAUUAUUCCAAUAAUAAAUAUUUGAUUCGUU